GAGGGUCGGUCCUGUGUCUGCUCCGGAGAUCAUGGCAGAGACUCCAGGGAAAGGAAUCCAGGGACUUGUUGACUUCAAGUCCUGGUAGGACAGAGUAGGACAUCAGCAAGACAAGGACACCAAGAUCAGGAAUAAACUCAGGAAGCUGGAUAUCAACAAAGAUCUAGUUAUGCCAGAGAGAAAUUUGGCUGGAGGAAAGAAAAGGUGGAUGAGAAUCUCCGUCCGGUGAUGAAGAAGAUGAACGAGAAACAGAGCCAGGGAAGAAUUGACAAUUUUUUUCAACCAGAAGCUUUUUUAGAAUCUAAAAAGGCACAAAGUUCUUGUGUCAAAAAGGCUCUUUCAAAAUUAACAAGUGCUCCUACUUCUGAACUUUCCCAAACCGAGGCAAAUAAGGCCCAUAUACAAAAAGCAAAAGAUGCUAUGGCUGAAACACAGGAAAAGUUGAAAGGUAAAGAGGUCAGUGAAAGGCAAAGGUCAAAGGGUAAAGGUAAAGGAAAGGGCAAAGGCAAGUUGAAAGGUGAUUCUAAGAAGAGUGAAGGUAAGCCUUAUAAGCUUAUUAAGGAAGUUGUUGAGCUGUCGGAGAGUAGCUCAAGUGAUAAGGAAAUGGGUAGUGCAUGUAAACCCAAAGUUAGUAAGUCAGCGAAUGUUGCUGCUGCAUCUCCGGUGAGGAGAGAUGAGUUGAAAUCCCUCUCCCAUCUGGAACCAGGAAGAUUUUGUCGGGACGACGAUGAAGAUACAAGUGAGACAGUGGGACAAAAACUUGAAUCUCACUUUGUUAGUCUCGAAAAAGGAUUUGUUGCACAGAUGGAAGUGCAACAGAAACCCAGUGGUAGACAGACGAGUAAAAGGAGGGGUAAACAAUCCUCCAAUACUGCUGAUGAGGAAAUAACAAUGUCAAGAGUCUCACAGGCGUCGAAAACUCAGGCUCGCUCAAACUUGGCCAAGAUGAUCAUCUCUGACAAUUCAUCUGAUAGUGAUUGUUGA